GUUUCUGUGAGGGCGGUUUUGGAUGGAGCGCCGCUUAGGUUUGACAUUUGUAAAUAAUGUUCAUUUCGCUGUUGAGAUCAUAGUUUUACAUUUAUCUAAUCGGAUUUCUCGUGCAUUAUUCGCACUCAGAAACAAGUACAUUAAAACGCAUCGAGGCACAUUCAUGAAGUUUCAACAGCCACAGCUAAAACAAGUCAUUCUCCUGCGAAGCUGUCGUUAGGUCUGGAUUGAGUUCAUCAUGAAUGUGAAUCAAGGAACCGUCGGCAGUGAUCCGGUGAUCCUCGCCACUGCUGGUUAUGAUCACACCGUCAGAUUCUGGCAGGCUCACAGUGGCAUCUGCACAAGAACCGUCCAGCACCAGGACUCUCAGGUAAAUUCCCUUGAAGUAACACCUGAUAGAAGCAUGAUUGCUGCUGCUGGUUAUCAACACAUACGCAUGUAUGACUUAAACUCAAAUAAUCCAAACCCUGUGAUCAAUUACGAUGGCGUCAGCAAGAACAUCACAUCUGUCGGCUUUCACGAGGAUGGUCGGUGGAUGUACACGGGUGGAGAAGACUGCAUGGCUCGCAUCUGGGACCUGAGGUCAAGGAACCUACAAUGCCAAAGAAUAUUUCAAGUCAAUGCACCUAUUAAUUGUGUGUGUCUUCAUCCAAAUCAGGCUGAAUUAAUCGUUGGGGACCAAAGUGGUGUUAUCCAUAUCUGGGAUCUGAAAACAGACCACAAUGAACAGCUCAUCCCAGAGCCAGAUGUGUCCAUAAAUUCAGUCCAUAUUGAUCCUGAUGCCAGUUAUAUGGCUGCAGUCAACAGCUCGGGCAACUGUUAUGUGUGGAAUUUGGCUGGAGGAAUAGGUGAUGAGGUGACACAACUAAUACCCAAGACCAAGAUCCCUGCCCACAAACGCUACUCAUUACGCUGCAAAUUCAGCCCAGACUCCACAUUGCUGGCCACAUGCUCUGCUGACCAGACCUGUAAAAUUUGGAGAACCUCCAACUUUUCUCUAAUGACAGAGCUGAGUAUUAAGAGUAACAACCCUGGAGAGACGUCCCGAGGUUGGAUGUGGGAUUGUGCCUUCUCUGGAGAUUCACAGUACAUAGUUACAGCCUCCUCUGAUAACCUGGCACGUCUGUGGUGUGUGGAGACUGGAGAGAUCAAACGGGAGUACAGCGGCCAUCAGAAGGCUGUGGUGUGUUUGGCCUUCAAUGACAGUGUGCUUGGAUAGUAUGCCGAAGAAACUCAUUCUGCUAUGGUAGCUGUAGCUAUCAUAACACCCAACAUCUUCAUCUAUGAACCAUCCUCAUGGUAUUAAUGGACUUGUUGCAUUAAUGAUAACCCUCAAUGGCUAUGAUGAAGAAGACUAUGUUCUAUCCUUACCGUUGCUAAUUCAAAUGUAUGGUGGGAUACAAAUACUUUGUUGCAUAUACCCCGUAUUUGUAUGCAUCCACAAGUUUUUGUCAAUAAAUGUUACAGUAACACAAUCUGAA